AACCCGCUUGUUCCUCAUAUAGCCUUUCAAUGCUUUCAGUGUUUGCAUUGUUAUCAAAGCAAGGAAGAUAAAGAUAUUGAUAUGCAUUACAAAUAAUUUUAGUCAUCGCAUUCUGCGUAAACACACGUUUUGUGCUAGUCGGAUUAAAAGUAUUACUUGGAUCGAAGCCAUGUGGACACCAGUUCUGUAUGCGAGAAUUCUACUCCUAUUAAAUAUUCAUUAUGGGAUCGCAUACAAACAAUACAACAACGAAGAGCUACCAGUGUCAGACAUAAAAACAAAGUCAAAUCUUGGAGAUACCGUUUCCGUUCCCGAUGAAGAAAACGAUAACUUGUCGCCUGGAUUAAUUGUAUUCCCUCCGAACACUCACCCAAAAAUUAUAAAACAAACCUUCACAAGAGAAGAUGGUCACAAUAAUGACACAUACAGUAGCCACGACGCAGUGCCAAUUGUUGAAAAGGCUGGCUUAAACGGAAAAGAAAAUUCAGUGUCUGAAGAAUGUGUAAUUGAAGUUGAAAAGCGUUCAGUGGAUAGAUUUCGUCAUUUGGUUUUCAGAUCUGACAGUAAUUUUGUCUUUUUAAAUUUAACUUCAAAAAAUGGUUCAGGUAUACAUUUAAAACGCGCCAAAUGGACAAUUUCAGAACAUAUUUGGAUAUGGACCUUUUCCGGAAAAGAAGGUGCUCUAGAAUUUCUCAAAUGGCCAGCUGAAUUUGGAAUUUGGUCAAUGGGGUUAUUGUACGAAUCAGUGCUAAGAAAACCAAUUAAUAUAUUACUGGAAAGAAAAGAAGGCAACUGUUCGAUAUUAGAAGUCGGAAAUAAGGAUGAUGAUCAUUUAAUUGCGAAAGCGUUAACAAAUUUAACACUUGAAAUGAUGGCGUUCGGCCCAGAGAAAUAUGGACCAAGUUUUUAUUGCUACCGAAAAAGAAUGAUAAUAGAACCAUACGUACUCUGCAAGCACAUUGUGUGUCCGACUGCGGCAGUAAAACACUCUUGCUGCGAUUUCUUCUUCAACAAAUCUUUAAAUGAGAGGGUAAUGGUCUGUAACGAAUUGGAAUUCGAUUACGACGAAAUGUGGUGGGUCUUUCCAAUCAUUCUUUCGACAGUAUUGCUGAUAUAUUCACCUUUAUUUCUCCUGUACAUACUGUGUCUCUAUUCCGAAAGGGAAAGCGGUCGUCUGCGAUUAAAUGUUUUGAAUGUGCUUACGGAGAACACUAUAACUUUUACACAAGACAACAACGAAUCUAUGAUUAUACAUUCUCACGAUGAGUAUAUCUUAUUCGAUGGUAUUAAUCAUGUCACUUUGUUAAACACAAUCUGUAUUCCUUUGAACAUGAGUUUGGCAGCAAUUGGUUGUUUUACAGACGUUUUUAAGCGCUUGGUUAGACUUCUCAUUCCUGUAUUAAGCUUAACCUUUGUUGGACUGCAAGCAUUGUUAGAUUAUACUUUUUUGUUCGAAUUUGUACACGAUUGUGUUGAAUCUGGUGUACCUAUGGGUUUUCGCUCAAUGCUGACGGGCUAUGAUAAAAGUAAAUAUAUUUUUCUUCCCUACAUUGGUGGCCCUUUUGUUGCUCUGUCGUGUUAUUUAAUCAUCACUGGUGUGCUUGUUAUUGCACCCGGCGAUCCAGCUAGACUAUUGUCCGAUGCUGCAGUAGCUUCGAGAUCAUCACAAAACAAUCCUGAGGCUUCGCCACUCUUUCUGAGUCUCGACGAUAUAGCAAUAUUCGGUUCGAUGAAUCUCAAGCACAACAAAGGCUUUCGUAAGAUAUUUGACAUUUUACUUUCCCAAUUCUAUAUGCUUAUGAAUGUGAAGUUCUGGAAACACAUUUUCAAAACUCAAACAGCGCGAUGGAAUGUUUAUAGUAAAUGUUGUCUGUGCUUUCUUUUCUUUCCUUUGUAUUUAAUAUUGUGUUGUGUAGAAAUUGUCUUAUCUGUAAUAAUAUAUGGCUUCCCGAUUGUAUCAUUUGGAAUGCUGUUAACUAAAGCAUAUUGUAUUCCUUUUAACAGAGGCGUUCGUAGAUGUAGAGAUCAUAUUUGCAUGUAUCUUUUUACAGGUUGUCUCAUUCUAUCAGUUGUAUAUUUUAUCUUCAUGUUUGCUACUAUUUUCUCUGACGCUUCUUUGUUUCUUACACGUGUUGCUAUAUUUACAUUCACUGGCAUCAUCGUUUUUCCUAAAACGGCGUACGGAUAUAUGAUAUUUGGCUUCACUGUGUUUUACUAUCUUUGGAACUGUUUCAGUGAUUUUUCUAUGACUUAUAGCCGUCUCAUGAAGGAUAUUAUCAAAAUUACAAAGGGCUUGCAGCGGCAAAAUGAAAACACUCAGAAAAAGGUGCUUUUCAAACAUAAGGACAAAUGGGGGAUUAGAGAGUCCCUUUUUGAACUAGCCAUAGAAAACCACAGCCCUCGACGAAAAUUGUUGUUUUCGACGCUCCUCCGAGCAUUCGUUGUUCUCGGGUUACUGGGAAUUUGUAUUAACAUGCUUUUCAAAACGGACAGUUUCCGUGAGCUUCAUGUCAUAAUGCAUGUUGGGACGGCUUUGUUUAUUUGCGCUUUACCGCAGAUAGUGAACCGCGUUUGCAAGAAAAAGGACAGCGUUAAGGUAUUAAAGCGACGCAGAAAAGCAUUGGUCAACACAGUUAAGGCAUAUCUUGGGUAUUUUGCUGAUAGUGAAACGUCUGAUUCGGAAGUUAAUGGUGUUUAAAAGCAAAUAAAGAAUAAGAUAGCAUGG